AGAACUAGCAGGUAUGCAAUGCACAGCAGAAGGGCAUCCCAAGCCGCAUGGAAGAAGAGAGCUGGCCAGGGCGAGAAAUGAGGUCGCACUUGUCCGCAGACUCCCCAAGGUAAAGCAGCUCCGGCCUCACCAUUGUGCCCACUUUCCUGAAGCCCUGGACUGUGCCACUUGCCAAUCUCCUGGGCACAGAGCUUCUCCAGGAACACCCUGCCUUACCCUUCUGUGCUUACUCUUCCUUGGGCCUUGGGUCCAGCGGUCAUGGUCACUCACACGCUGGAGGACGCUGGCAUAUUUGAAAGUGAUGUAGUUACUCCCUACUUACACUGAGUACAUGCAAAGGCAGGUUUUUCUUUAGAUGCGUGCUACCAGAUAAUCAGCUGUUUCUCGUUGGUGUGCCCUGGUUUCAGCAGUGGUGGACGUUCCACGCACUCACAUGACUCUUUACAAACCCAGCAUUGUCAAGGCUUCCGUUUGUGUCACUCAGAUGAGUAAUGUCUGGUGGAAAUGAUUGAUCCCCGAGGUGAGCGCAGGACAGGCUCUUAAUGAAAACUCAGGCAGGCGGUGCUUCUUUCAUCCCUCCCUAGCUUGUGACUGGAUGAGGGAGGGGCGCGGGGAGCCAGCGGAUGUCACAGAACCUCCGGUAGCAGGGCCAGCCUUUGAUUUUCGUGGGGUUUAUUUCUGCUCUUGCUGGGAGCGGGAAAGACCAAAGGUACCAAUUGGCAGAAAGGCUGCGCAGCCUGUCGCCUCAGCCAGUUGCGCACAGGAGCGCGCACUCCGCUUGGCUCUCGGUGCCAACAGUCGCCCUGCGGGACCAGGAGGACUGCACUGAGAACAGCGCUCCAGUUCCAGCAAGGAGGUGGGCUGCCACCCAUCCGGUUGAGGGCGCCCAGGCUCGGAGAACAAGCUGUGAUUUUUCAGCCAGACCCGAGAGGCACAGAGGGGACGCAGUUGAGUCCUCACUGUCCCUCCCGUGCUGCAGAAACUCUGCCGGCCAGCGGGAACCCCGAGGGAGGUUCGCCCUGCAGAGGACCUGGGAGAAGGCAGUCUCAGCUCCAGCGCGGCAGGGAGGUGUGGGAAGCUCUGCGACUCUCUCCGCUCUCCAAGGUGUGUACCAAAGGGCUUUGGGAGCUCGGCUGGAAGAGACUCAGAGCAACAGGUGCGACCCCAAAGCGCUGCUGGAGCGAGGGGACACGGCCGGCAAGGGAUUAGAACCAGCAAGGCGCAGAAGAUUCUCCACCUGCGGGUCGCCUGGACGAGUCCCACCCGCCCAGCUCGCGGACUGCUAGCAACCCGAGUCGCCCAGACUGGUACCUCCGGUGUUCUGGAGCCUGCCGCCCACGCAUGGGAAGGCUCAACUCCGUACUUGCAGCACCGCCCCCUCUUUAGCCAGGCCGGGCACAGAGGACAUUUCUACCACGCACGCCCUGGGGCGCUGCCCCCUGCUCUCUUGUCGGGUGCCAGAGAUUUCUAGCUGGAGACAUCCACUCUCGCUGCUCUGUGCUGGAUCACUCAGUGAUCCUCGGCUACCCCUCCAGCCAGCUUUCUUUGCCUGGCGCUCCUUCCCAGCACGAUCCGUUGCGUAGACACCCAAGGGGUGUCCCAGUAAGUGAUGGAGCUGGCUGCAUUGAACCUCAGCGAGGGGAACGGGAGCGAUCCAGAGCCUCCCACCGCGGAGUCCAGGCUGCUGUUAGGUAUCGGCGUGGAGAACUUCAUCACGCUGGUGGUGUUUGGCCUGAUUUUCGCGAUGGGCGUGCUGGGCAACAGCCUGGUGAUCACUGUGCUGGCGCGCAGCAAACCGGGUAAGCCGCGCAGCACCACCAACCUGUUCAUCCUCAACCUGAGCAUCGCAGACCUGGCCUACCUGCUCUUUUGCAUCCCCUUCCAGGCCACCGUGUACGCACUGCCCACCUGGGUGCUGGGCGCCUUCAUCUGCAAGUUUAUACACUACUUCUUCACUGUGUCCAUGCUCGUGAGCAUCUUCACCUUGGCCGCGAUGUCUGUGGACCGCUACGUGGCCAUUGUGCACUCGCGGCGCUCCUCCUCCCUCAGGGUGUCCCGCAAUGCGCUGCUGGGCGUGGGCUUCAUCUGGGCGCUGUCCAUUGCCAUGGCCUCGCCAGUGGCCUACCACCAGCGCCUCUUCCAUCGGGAAAACAACCAGACCUUCUGCUGGGAGCACUGGCCCAACCAGCUCCACAAGAAGGCUUACGUGGUGUGCACUUUCAUCUUUGGCUACCUGCUGCCCUUACUGCUCAUCUGCUUUUGCUAUGCUAAGGUCCUUAAUCAUCUGCAUAAGAAGUUGAAGAACAUGUCAAAAAAGUCAGAAGCAUCUAAGAAAAAGACCGCACAGACAGUCCUGGUGGUGGUUGUGGUUUUUGGCAUAUCCUGGUUGCCCCAUCACGUCGUCCACCUCUGGGCUGAGUUCGGAGCGUUCCCGCUGACCCAAGCUUCCUUCUUCUUCAGGAUCACUGCCCACUGCCUGGCAUACAGCAACUCCUCUGUGAACCCCAUCAUAUACGCCUUUCUCUCGGAAAACUUCCGGAAGGCAUACAAGCAAGUGUUCAAGUGCCACAUUCGCAAGGAAUCACUCCCCAGUGAUACCAAAGAAAACAGGAGCCGAGUAGACACCCCGCCAUCCACCAAUUGCACCCACGUGUGAAGGUUCACUGGGGCCUGCUGUCCCCCAGCUCCCAUGUGGGUUAGAGAGAAGAGGAUACAGUGAACUAUCAUGAAACAUGGCAGCUUGUUCUCCUGACAGCAAUUCAUAUCAUUCUAACUACAUUCCACGGCUGUUAAAGUACUUUGUUUAGGAACUCCUGGGUCCACCGAAGAUUAUUUUCCAAUUUUGCUUCAUUUUAUAAUUGUAUUUCUCAAACAAAAGAAAAUUCUGUACAGUUUGUGUCUUUCAAGGAGUGAGAGUCCAAUAGCAUUCUACAAAUAUGUUCAGCUCUCCAUGGAAUAAGGCCAGUUCUGUAAAACAGUGAAGAAAAAUCUACAUUUUGAAGGCAGUUAAUUUAGGGGAAAAGUUCUUUUUUUUCCCUUUAUUUUUGAGAGGAGAGCCAAUAUUCUAGGCUGUGUUUUGAAAUACACUUGUGGUGCAGAAUAGUGGAUUUUGUUCCAUUGCACCUUCAUGGACAGGCACCUCUUCUAAGUGGGGUGGAGGGGGGGUGGCUUUUCAAGUCUGUUCUUAUGGGUAGCCAGAGGUCUGUCUGGGAACAUGAGACCCAUCAAGUUCAUCUCAGGAGAUCAGCAGUGCCUCUACUUUGAAACAGUCCUGUGAACUGACAAGUUUAGGGUGAAUUCAGCAAUGCCGUGGGACUCUGCUGAGGACCACCGAUCUGGAAGAGGCACCAGACGGUGAGUCCUGACAAAGGAAACUCUGUGUUGUGAGUGAAAACAAAGAAUCAUUUGGGAGAAUAUGUACGCCUAGAGAAAUGCUGUCUUGCACAGACAUACUUUUUUCAUUAAACUUGUCCCAACAAAUAUUUAAUGCUCAUUUUCCCCAAACAUUAUUCCCUGGAGUAAUGUUAAUUUAGAGUCAGAAUCCUUACCACUUGUCUUACAAGUGUAUUUUUUCAUGACAAUUUCAUAUUUAUUUAUACUUGCCAUAGGAAAAUGCUGUGAAAAUAUUACAUUGUCAUAUCUCAGAAAAAUAAUGAUUAGAUUUAAGACUCUGAUAUAUUUUAGGAGGUAGGAAACAAAAGCAAGACACUUUUUUUUAAGCCAGAAAGGACAUUGUAUGUGUGCCAGAUCAGAGCUUCCUAUGAAGCGUGUAAUUUAGGUUAAAAAACAAACGUAAUGUAAGCUUUUGGUUUGUUAACUUUUCCAGCUCAUCUAUUUAUUUUCAUGACUUUCUGCCUUUAAACGAUGUUUACAUUUGCAAAGGCCUAAGUCAUUCUCUGGACGGAAAAAGGAAAACUGUUAAAAUCAUGGGAAAUGAUGACUUUUCAAUGGUUGCCAGGGAAGGGUGUGCAUACUGCAGUAGGUGGGUAUUUUAAAGAGAAUUGUAAGCCCUUUUCAUGGAUUUUUUUUUUUGUUGUUUGUUUGGAGUAGAAGUAUUUUUUGUCUUGAGAAAGAUACCUCAUGUGAUUUGUGGAACCCAAAGCUGCCGUUGUAGAUAUUGGCAUACCUUCUUCAUUCACACUGUCCACAGAGGGGCGUGGUCAAACCUGUGUGUGAGAUUUUCUGUGCUGUGAUGAUUCCCUUGUUCUCUCAUGGUCAGAGGCAUCUUAGAUGCACGUGUUUAACAAUAUCAUGGCUAAGGCAGAGCUUGUCCAGAAGGCAUGUUGGUAUGAGUGUUGGUGGCAUGUAUUCGCACACCUGUGGCUGUGUCCUUCCCAGAUAGCACAUCUAAAGGUUAGAGCUACUGCAAGAAAGCGAUAACUUGUACCCCGAACCUCAAAUUUGCUAAAUAUUGGUUCAAACUGCUCCUGCAACUGGAAGAUGCUUCCUGGGAACUGUCGUUCUAAUAAUUUUCUCUUAGCCUGGAGCUUGUGUGUAUUUCUAAAAUAGCUUAGGAUUCUGAUUGUAGCCUAUUUCCUGCAAAGACUCCUACUAAAUGGAGUGUUUGGGGAAAUGUCCCUAAGACCUGGGCCAGAUAAGUCACCCAGAUGAGGACAGGGAGAGUCCAUUAAUGUGCCAAACUUCUAUUGUGGCUCUUCCUGGUAAGUGAUUAUCAAGGUCAGUUUGGAGGUACCUUCUAUCCCAUACUGGAUGCUGGUGACCUUCCCUCCAUCCCACACUGGAUGCUGGUGACCUCCCUUCCAUACCACACAGGAUACUGGUGACCCCCUUCCAUCCCACACUGGAUGCUGGUGACCUUCCCUCCAUCCCACACUGGAUGCUGGUGACCUCCCUUCCAUCCUACACUGGAUGCUGGUGACCCCCUUCCAUACCACACUGGAUGCUGGUGACCUUUCCUCCACCCCACACUGGAUACUGGUGACUUUCCUUCCAUCCCCCACUGGAUGCUGAUGACCUCCCUUCCAUCCUACACUGGAUGCUGGUGACCUCCCUUCCAUCCCACACUGGAUGCUGGUGACUUUCCUUCCAUCCCCCACUGGAUGCUGAUGACCUCCCUUCCAUCCUACACUGGAUGCUGGUGACCUCCCUUCCAUACCACACUGGAUGCUGGUGACCUCCCUUCCAUACCACACUGGAUGCUGGUAACCUCCCUUCCAUCCUACAAUAGAUGAUGGCAACCUCCCUGAUACAGCAAGCAUAUUUCCUGCAGCCAGGAGGAAGAGGAAAUGUGUGGGUCUUUGAAGUCAGGUGGCUGCAAAGCUCUGCUUUUUAGGCUGUUUCACAGAAAAUUGAUGUUUUCUCUACAAGCUUUUCGGCUUCAGUGCUCUGAAGUAGCUGUUAUUUUGUGGGACCUUUCCUGGAGAAAUGGACUUGGGAAUAUUUAAAUAGCGGGAAGGCUCUCUCUCUCUCUCUCUCUCUCUCUCUCUCUCUCUCUCUCUCUCUCUCUCUCUCUCUCUCUCUCUCUCCACACACACACACACACACACACACACACACACACACACACACACCCCAAUUCCAGCUUCCCACAGAGUUCAGUCAGCAACAUUCCCAAGAGGUACUGUAAUAGACUUGUUCCAUGCUAUUCUGAUCACAUAUGUAUUCAGCAGUGGAAGAGACUAAGGCUCCUUUUUGAAUAUUUUAGGCAAGUUAUUGUUGCUUUUGACUAAAGUGUGUUCUAUUUACACAUUGAGGAUAGAAUAGUUUCCGGUCCCCCUUUGUCCGUCUUUUGUACUUUUAUCCUCUUGUCUCAACUUCCUACCUCUCCAGAAAUCCUUACUUGAUGGUUUUCACAGUUAUCCCACCUCCCCUGGAUGUGAGAGGUCAGAAGAGAAAGCUGGCUGCUAGGUUCAUGAGUCAUGCAGGGCCUGGAGCUGCUUAUGGUUCAGCUUCAAAUCGGGAUGGGGUGAGGUCGUCCGUCCCCCCCCCCUGCCCCCCCUGCCCUCAGGUGCACAGAGGUUCAGCUGUGAUAGUUCCUUUCUGCUGACUAAAACUCCAGGUCAGGAUGCUUCAGACAGGAGAGGACCACCAGCCUAAGUACCUACUUUCUUCCAUACUGGGCUACAGAGCCCUUGAGCACCAUCAUGGUUUUGAUAAGACCUCAUUGUGUAGUAAGAACAACGGGUGCGUGGCUGCAUCAUGCUCUUGGCUUUGAGGGUUUGUUACAUACAUGUGCACUUAUCAUGAAGUGUGGGAACUAGAGAAAUUCAUGAAUGGGAUAUUUCCUGGGGAAACUCAGCUGUCCAGCGUGUACGUGCCAGUUCUCAUCUGUGCUGGUUGCAAAUGUUUCUCAUGUUUUUAAUCUGUAAGUGGCUGUGUAGGGAAGUGAGUCAGAUCCUUGGCCAUUAAAGAGUUGCAUGCUGGGUUUCUUCUAGAUGACGUGUUGAUAAUCUGUCUAGUUAAUGCCUUGUUUCUUAUAUGACCAUGCACAGCAGGUGGCCAAUGAGCCUCAUCAUUGCUGAUUGGCUUGCAAAUGGUAAUUGUACAUAGCUUAAAUUGACACCAUAUUUGAAUAUUUUGAAUAUUUUCCCUCUUAAGUGGAAAAGUUGAGGAUAAAGAACUGUUUAGAAGGCUUCACAUGUUGUGGAUAUAGGCUCCUUCUGUGUGAGGCUAGCAUGUGUCAAGUCACACAGUCGUCAAGGUGUUCUGUUGUUUUCUUGUGCACACGUAGUGCCUCUGAUACUGCCUGGUGGCUUUUCUUCUCAGUGUGACAGCUCAGAGGCUGGUCUGCGGGUCUGAGGUAAUCCUGUCUAUGCGCUGAUGACAAACAUUAGCAGGCCUGGACAUUUACUCCUUGGUGAUCUUGGUGGCUGGCUGUGUCCUGUCAAUCCUCUUGCUGGCCCCAUGAGCAUCCUGGGCUCUUAAGUGCUCUUCUGGGUGCAGUGACCAUAGUAUGGCCACAUGAAUGAGUGAGGAGAGGGGAAGGGAAUGAGCUUUCCACCUCUACAUGCCCUGUAGAAAUGACUCCCUCUAGAUUUUCUGAACUUGCACAGCGCUGGCUGGGGCUGGCAGCCGCACCAGAGUCUAUUGCUCAGGCUUAUGACAUCACCUUGGAUCUUUCUGAUGGAGAACAGACUUCUGGACAUCGUAGGCUAUACUAUGUAGCUUCAGAUUCUCAGAAAUUAGAGAUGUCAAAGUAUUGAAAAGACUUUGAGUCUGGGCUCCACCAUGCUAGGCUUCUAGCAAUUUGGAGUGUGGGAGUCAGUGUGAUAACCCCUGGUUGACUGAGCUUUGAGUGCUCUAGGUCUUUUUGAGGUGCUGUCUACCACAGUACUGCAUUUCAAAAGCUUAGACGCCGACUAUUAAGGCUGGCUUAUUUAUGUGGCAUCCGAUGUCCGUGGCUCUGCAAAGCUUUUUCUCCCUUAGCUUGUUUUGGGUAUUGAAGCUGCCUCAGCCGUGUGGUGACAGAUGAGGAAAGACUCUUGACUCAGGUUGUGGGUAACUCUUCCCUUUAGUAGAGUCUCAGGAUGGGCCAGCCUUUCCAGGCACAGUUGACCCUGUGGUCACCUGUCCUUGUGUCCUCAGAAGGAAGAGAUCUGCUAGUCAGUGUCGGUCCUGGACCUUCAGGGGGACUCAAGGAAUCGGGCUCCUGGAAUUGCUCAGGAUCUGUGGACUACAAGUGCACAAACCCUCGCUGAACUGUUUGGGAAACCCCAGGUGGGUCCCAGGGCUUGCUUCUGGGGGUUUCUGCACUUCUGGGGAGUUCUCCAGGGAAGGACAGUGAGGAUGAGAUUGUCGGCCAAGCAGCUACCCCUUCCUCUUUCUAUAGGUGACUUCUGGUUCAGCUGACCACAGACAGCUGUGAACUACUUCCUCGAAAAGCGAACAGUGAACACAGAGUAUGCACUGCUGCUGGCCUAUGUGAAUUUUUCUCAUCCUUCCUCACUCGCUGCCUCUCAAACGCCCCUUUUAUCGCCCUCUCCUGCUCUUUCCUUAGCUUCAGCCAUAGUGGCACACUUGGGGGAGAUUCUGUCGGUGAGGAGGGAUAGCCAGAGCUUGGUCAUGCUUCCUCUCAUUGUUUGCUUUGGACUUAGGAUUCCUCUUGGCUCUCCCAACAAUAAUGACUCUUUAAACAGCUAGGUGUGAGAGGUACAGGCUUCAGCGGCACACUGUUUCCAUGACGGAUCAAAGGCGGCUAAUCAGUUCUUUCCCACAGUCAGACCGCGCAAGAGCAGGCCAGACGUGACGGACAUGACACCCCUCUGGUGGCAAUCUAGGCCUCAAGAGUGCCGCACCUCUGAGAACUUACUUCUGGUGUGUUGAGUGUGUGUUGUUACUUCUGAAAGGCCCCGACUCAGUGGCGAAGGUGUGCAAGCAGAAGGAGAGCUAUCUCAGCUCCGGAGCUGGCCUCCUAGAUCAGUAUCAUUAGGGUCUCUUGGGUAAGUUCCACCACACUGUGCUCUGGAGACCCCUGAACUCCCUGCCCUUCACCGGAUCCUCCUCUAUGAGAACACCCUAGCUGGUGACUGAGUUUCCACAGCCAUGGUCAUAUCCUUCCUGGCAUGCCGCAAGACAAGAUGAGCUGUAGGUGCCUCAGACCCAGGGGACAGCUGGCGACCUUGAGGAACCAGGUCGAUCUUGUUACGCAACUUGCCACCUCGGGUGUUACUGAUGAAGGAAGGAUGCCAAUUACAAACAGCCGAGGUUCAAGAAGGUAGAGCUGGGAGGGGCUUCACCUAACUAGACCGGAAGGAAUCACCUUGAACAAAAGGUGAUUGGACAGCACUGUGAAAGCCACCCAGCGCUGACUAUGAGAGAGUCUGUGUGACUGAAAAAGCAAGCAGGGUUUUUUUUUAAAUCUUUUUUUUUGCUCCCAAAGGAUGCAAUGGUUAUAUGGAUGUAGCCAAGAAACCAGCUUCCACGAGCAAACUCAAGGGCAGGCAGCAGCAUACAAGCUUCUCGGGUGUCUGUGCUCUGGGUCUCUCAGCUUCUCAGCCAGCAAGGAACCAGUUCUUUACGUGUGUGAGGGGAGUAAACAGUCCAAGUUUCAGGUAUUUUUUACACAGAGCUAGCGUGGAUAAAAGAUUAAAGGCAACAGCUGCGGAAAUGAAGCCUAAUUAUAACACAGACGUAUUCAGAAGCUAUACAUGGGGGUUUGCAAGUGCUAUUUUCCAUGUUUUAACUUUCUGGUGACUAACUUUCUGAAGUCCUCACAUCAUGGGGAGACUGGGAAGCUGACAGAGAGAGCAGGCAUCCAGUUCUGUGUCUGUUGCUUAACAUCGCUGCAUUUCUCAAGCUCUGUCUGCCUGAGCCCCAGGGCCAUGAGCACUGCAGGGAGGAGCAUGGCUGGGAGGACUCUCUUAGGGUCUAAACUCUUUUGGCAAGUUAUUCUUGGGGAUACCGAGUUAGAGAUCCUCAUCUGUAGUGGAAGGUUCUGGAAAAGAGUCUCAAACUUGGAAUGAUGUGGGAAGUUCAGAGAGCCCUGCUCUUCCUUCUCUGGGAGCAGAGGGCCUGAGGUUUAAUGGAGGAGCCGAGGGACUCAGGGUGUGGGCACCCCUCCAGCCUUAGCCUGUGGGUUGAUGGUAGCCAGGAUGAGUGCAUCUACAGCAUUGGCUGCGGUGUCCAUGCUGGUGAUCCCAAGUCACAGGUCAAGAGCCGCCACCCGGCUUCUAGAUCAGAGGGUAAAGAACCCGGGCACUGGGGUGUCUAAUAUAAGGCUUCCAUGUGUCCAGGGUUUAGAAAACUACUCACAGUGAUUGAUGGGCCUGGAAGGCCCAACUUAAUGGCUCUAGGGGAAAAUAAAGUUGACAUGGAAUUUAAAUCGCUUCAAAUUUCUACUGUUCAACUACUGGUAUUGAGGUAAUCCCAGAAACACAGGUUUCCAGAGCCUUGGGGACUGUAGAGAUUUUGACAGUUCUUCUCAAAAGAAGGAUUUCAUGGCAAGGGCAUGUCAAUUCCCUCCCCCUCCCCCCCCUAUCCUAACACAAAAGUCUAAAACAAUAUUCACAAUUGUUACAUAAGAAGUUUUGAAGUCAGUGUUUCAACUCACUGUUAAUUAAAUAUGUGCAUGUCUUUGCUUAUAUUAUUAUCUCCAAGAGAUAAACAUAACAUUGCCUGUGGUUCUCUGUAGUUAAAGCUUUUGGUUAAAUGGGGAAAGUAAAGAAAAAAAAUCUAUGUAUGCUAUAAUUUGACUUUUACUAAUGAUAUUGCUUAAAUGCUGCUAUUAAACACUGGUGUGAGUUGCCUGGUGCCUGAUGCUGUUGUCCUUGUUCCUUAAGGAGCUGUCAAUCAAACGUAUCUCAUAAUGACAACUCUAGCAUGAAUGCCAUUAAACUUACAAAGCAAAACCACCAAAAAUUCAGAGUCUGUGUCCCUGCACUUAAGCCAAAAAAGCCCUUCUGAGGUCUCCCCACCCUCGUGUUCUGCAUGGAAUCUACACUUUGUGAUUUGAACUGAUUUUCUUAAGUGAAAAUAAAAUUUGUUCUUUGAAA